AUGUAUCAUACAGAUUUUAAUGGAUACUGUUUUCAUACGAUUUAUUAUUUACUAUUUAAUUUUCUAUCGACCAAAUUAACAUUAAGUUCUUUAGCAAAUAUUCAUCAAGUAAAUGAAGCCAUUUUUAUAAAUCCCGAAACAAACUCAGCAAUUAUCCGGUGUCCAUUAGAUCUGAAGCCUGGUUUUAAUAUUCAAUGGUACGAUGCAAUUAACAAUCGAUAUGAAAAUGAUCAUCAAGGAUAUUAUCGCAUCAAUGGAGUCGAACCGUACGAUAGAGAAUUAAUUUGCUCAAGUGUUUCACGAACAGGAAUUGAAGAAGAUGAUCAAUACCGAAUUAAAAUUCGAAUGUAUGAUCGUCCUUUACCUAUUCGACAUAUUGCUAUUCUACACCGAACAAACACAACUUUAACUCUUCAAUGGAAAGAAGAGAAUUACAAUCGAAAAGCUAAUAUAAGCUAUUACGAAUUAAUUCUUAGACAUAAUCACACAAUAAAAUCUCGUGUCUUAGUCAAUCAUACGCAAACAACUUAUACAUUUGCAUCUUUACAUCCAAACACGGUUUAUUCCAUUGAAAUAUCAGUCAUAGAUAUCUGGCAACGUUCUAGUCAAAGUACACGAACAACUGCACGUACAUUAAGAAAAAAUGAAAAUUUCUCGUCACACAAACUAAUCGAUCGACAAUUGUUACAACAAUCUAUAUCAUGCUAUCAUAUUAAUCAUGAAUUAUUGUUAAUUGAAUUGAAUCGUUCAAGAUUUCUCACGCGAAAUUCUAUUUAUAAUUUAACUAUUUAUAAUAAUGAAGAUCAUGCUGUAUUAGUCGAUAAUCUCUAUUCACCUGAACAAAGUUUACCUCUCAUGAAAACCCUGAACUCAUUUAUUUAUUAUUUAAACGGCAGUAGUAUGCCACACAAAAUAAAAUUAGCUAUAUCUACAAUGCAAUUAGAAUUCCUUGGAUUAAUUCAUAAAUAUUGUGAAGAUUUUUAUCCUAUUUAUUCUCCGCUAACUUGCUCCAUUAAGUCAAUAAAUCAAUAUGAAUAUCAAAUAAUGAUAAAUACUUAUUUGCAUAAUAAUCACAAACAUAUAAUGACUCUCAAACCAAAUUAUGUAUUUUAUCAAACAAAUGAAACGCAUGUUACUCAAGAAAGUAUUGAUAAUAUUCAUAAAUAUACUACUGCUAAUAUUUCUGAUGUAGCAGAAAAUUAUUCUGUUAUUUUGGAAAAUAAUCUUAUUGGUAGUGAUAAACAUGAUAAAUUAAAUAUUACAAUUCUAUGCUCAAUUAAUCGAAUAGUGCCUGUGAAUCAAACUAAUAAAGCAAUAAUCGGUUUUAUUGUCAUUAUUAUUUUGUUUUUUAUUAUCGGUGCAAUUUUAGUAGCACUUAUUGUCUAUCAAAAAAGUGCACAGGUUGUUGUUCCUAAUUCAUUAAUUAAUCAAGUAAAUAUAUUUCGUAAAAAUCGAAAUACAUUUUUUGUACAAAUAAACGAUCCUUCGAUUGACAAUGCUGCCAAAAUUCUUGAAAAGGAAUACCAAGAGUACGAUUCCAAACCAGUUCCAAUCUAUCGAUUUCCAGCGUAUGUAGCAUAUUUACAUAAAGAUACUGAUUUUGGCUUUAUUCGACUAUUUGAAAAUAUUUGUGAAUCAUCAAAAGCAAACAAUUUUCCUGCUAAUAUAGCGCAAAUCGAAUAUAAUCAAUGCAAAAAUCGUUAUGUUAAUAUAUUGACUUAUGAUCAUUCCCGUGUGAAAUUAUCGGAUAUUGAAAACAAUGAAAAAGAAACUUACAUCAAUGCAAAUUAUAUUGAUGGAUUUGAGAAAGGCAAUGCCUAUAUUGCAACACAAGGUCCGAUGAUCAAUACAAUGAAUGAUUUUUGGAAAAUGAUUUGGGAAAAAGAUGUUAGUGUAUUAGUCAUGAUUACAAAUAUAAAAGAAUGUGGGAGAGUAAAAUGUGACAUUUAUUGGCCACAGGAAGGCGCUCAAACGUACGGAACUAUUCAAGUAACUCUAGUACGCACAAUAUCUCUUGCCUACUAUAUUAAACGAGUAUUUUUAAUACGAUCUGAAACAAAUGACCAGCUUAUUGAUUGCGAACGUCUUGUUCAUCAGUUUCACUUUACUAGUUGGCCCGAUCACGGUGUACCUUCGUUUACCUUGCCUGUUCUCUCAUUUGUACGUCGUUCAUCAGCUUGCAGUACAGAAACGAAUGGCCCGAUUGUUGUUCAUUGUUCAGCGGGUGUUGGUCGAACAGGAACUUACAUAGUCAUCGAUACAAUGUUAAAAAAGAUCAACAAACAGCAGUCAAUUGAUAUUCCUAAUUUUUUAAAACACAUUCGACAGCAGCGAAAUUUUCUAGUUCAAAACGAAGAGCAAUUUAUUUUCAUAUACGAUGUUCUGUCCGAAGCCAUACAACUAUUAACUAUUAGCGAGAAGAGUUUAGAAUUAAAUGCACAUAAUAUUGAUAAUAUUAUGCAAACACUAGAUAAACUUGAUACAGAUUCAAAUUUGAGACAAAUAGAAAAACAAUUUCAAUCAAUUGUUGAACAAAAAGUAGCCGAUAAUGGCUCAUCAUCAGUUGAACAAAUGAAAAAAAAUUCAUUGAAAAAUAGAAAUCAAGAUAUUCUACCAUUAGAUGUAUGUCGAGUUGUACUUUCUACAUAUAAAAGAUUGGUACCCGGAGAUUACAUCAAUGCAUCGUAUAUUCAUGGCUAUUAUCGUGUGAAUGAAUUUAUAAUAACUCAACAUCCCAUGAUGAAUACAAAAGGUGAUUUUUGGCAAAUGAUAUGGGAUAGUAAUGCAAACGUCAUUGUUUCUUUAUAUGCCGAUGAAAAGGCACAGCCUGAUGUACCUGAUUUUUGGCCAGCAGGAAAUGAAAUAUUGAAUUGUGGUGGCUUUUUUAUCGGCUUAAUUGAUGAAAGUUUUGAUAGUGAUUAUAUUUAUCGAGAUUGUGUCCUUCGAUCUAUUGAGGGAAAUCGUGAAUUGAAAGUAAAAUUAAUCUCUUGUUCCUAUUGGCCGGAUACAUGCUCGCCGGUUAAACUGUCAUUUGAUAUAAUAAAUAAAAUAAGAGAUUUAAAAACUAAUCGGCCCAUCGUUGUACAUGAUCUAUUUGGGGGUCAUCGUGCUGCUAUAUUUUGUGCCUUGUACACUAUGCACGAACAAAUAGAAAUCGAAGGUGUAUUAAAUGUGUAUGAAUUAGCUAGAAUUUAUCAUUUGAAACGGCCUGGGAUUUGGCGAUAUCAUGAUGAUCUUUUAUUUUUAUACCGCUGUGCGCAAGUUCUUCUGCAUGAAUACAAACAAUCGAGUGGCAUCCAUGAUUCGCCAUCUGUUCUACCAAUGUAA